CUCAUUUUGUGGCAAAGAAAAGGAUUGAUUUGCAAUCUACUCUAGAGAAUCAGCUGCAAUGGAUUCGAACCAAGAAGUGAAUUCAAUGUAUCGUGACAUCGACCUAAACAUGCCAUGCUUUGAGGAGGAGGAGUUGAGCUCAGAUGUUGAAAGUACUGAAAACCACUUUUCAUCACUCAUUCAGAACAAUGCUACUCCACAACUUUCUCAAGGCAUGAACAUAAGCUAUGCAAACAAUUUUGAAGUGAAUGAUGAAGCUUCUUUUUCAUCACUAAAUCUUCUUGCAAAAACUGCUUCUGAUGAAGUUGAUGUGAGGCGGGUUGGAAUUCAUGCCAUGAUUAUUCUUGACCCUCUCCGUGGAUUCACAUCGGGACACGGUCGUCGCCGCUAUCGUCGUCGCGGACAAGUUCAUCAGAUUGAUCCAUUAAGAUUUUGUACUAAUUUUCAUUGUCGAACAAGGAAAACUCCAAUGUGGCGCACUGGACCUUUGGGACCCAAGACUUUGUGCAAUGCAUGUGGAAUUUACUACAACAAACAUUUGAUGAAUGGAGGCAUGCCUGCAGCUAUAGUCUAUGAUGGUGUUCCACAUGGAAACCAUUGAAGGAGAUUCUUCAAGUUUGUCUCGUCUCCAUAGUUUUGAAUAAAUGGUUGUUUUUCCAAUUUUGUUUUUGCUUUCGAAUAAACUUUAUAUGUAUGGUGGUGAUCUUGGAGACUGAAUAAAUUAUUAUGGAAAAACAUUUAAAUAA